CUCCCCUCCCCGGGGCCGGUCCCGGUCCCGCCCGUCUCCCUGCAUUCCCUGCUGCAGCCCCCCCGCCCCCGGCAGCCUCCUCCCCUCAAUCCCAGCAGUAGCGGCGGCUCCCGGGCUCGGCUCCCCGCGCUGCGGCGGCGCUCGGCGGCGGCUCCCCCCUCCCCAGCCGCGCCGCCAUGUUGGGCUGCCGCGAGCUCGGCGGCGGCUGCUGCGUGUGAGCGAGGCCGGGCCGGGCUGAGGGGAGGGCGCCGGGCUGAGGGGGGGACGCCCGCCCCGGGGAACGAUGCCCUUGGCCUGGGGGAGCGAGGCCGGGGCAGCGCCGCCCCGCCGGGAGUGAAGCCGCUGCCGGGGCCUCAGCGGGACGCGCAGCAGCAGCAGCAGCAGCCGCGGAGAGCAGGGAGAGGGAGGGAGGGAGGGAGGGAGGACGGCGGCGGUGGCGCCGCGGCCAUGGGGAGGCUUUGACAGGGCGCCCAGCGCUCCCCUGCGCCGUGCCGGGGCCGCCCCUUGGCGCUGCAUCGGAGGAGCGGGGGGCGAUGAAGCCGUCGGCUGCCCUCAAGCGCUGAGAGGCCUCGGGAGGACACCCGUAUACUUAAAAAAGACCCCCCAAUGCAAAGCGAAACAGCCAUGUCUGGAGAAGUGCGCCUGAAGCAGCUGGAGCAGUUCAUUCUGGAUGGGCCGACCCAAAGCAACGGGCAGUGCUUCAGCGUGGAGACCUUGCUGGAUAUCCUCAUCUGCCUGUACGAUGAGUGCAAUAACUCCCCGCUGAGAAGAGAGAAGAACAUCCUCGAGUAUCUGGAAUGGGCAAAACCGUUUACAUCUAAAGUGAAACAGAUGCGACUACAUAAAGAAGACUUUGAGAUCCUGAAGGUGAUUGGGCGAGGAGCCUUUGGUGAGGUUGCAGUAGUAAAACUGAAAAAUGCAGAUAAGGUUUUUGCCAUGAAGAUACUUAAUAAGUGGGAGAUGCUGAAGAGAGCUGAAACAGCAUGUUUUCGAGAAGAGAGAGAUGUAUUAGUGAAUGGAGAUAACCAGUGGAUCACAACGUUACAUUAUGCAUUCCAGGAUGAAAACUAUUUAUACCUGGUUAUGGAUUACUACGUUGGAGGAGACCUGCUUACAUUGCUCAGCAAGUUUGAGGACAGACUACCUGAAGAUAUGGCUCGUUUCUAUUUGGCUGAAAUGGUGAUAGCUAUUGAUUCUGUUCAUCAGCUGCAUUAUGUCCACAGGGAUAUUAAACCAGACAACAUUUUGAUGGAUAUGAAUGGACAUAUUCGAUUAGCAGAUUUUGGUUCUUGUCUGAAACUGAUGGAAGAUGGAACGGUCCAAUCUUCAGUGGCCGUUGGAACGCCAGACUACAUCUCUCCAGAAAUCUUACAGGCCAUGGAAGAUGGAAAAGGGAAGUAUGGGCCUGAGUGUGACUGGUGGUCCCUGGGCGUUUGCAUGUAUGAAAUGCUUUAUGGAGAAACACCCUUUUAUGCUGAGUCCUUGGUGGAGACCUAUGGGAAAAUAAUGAACCACAAAGAGAGGUUUCAGUUUCCUGCUCAAGUGACAGAUGUCUCUGAAAGUGCAAAGGACCUCAUCCGAAGGCUCAUUUGUAGCAGAGAACAUCGACUUGGGCAAAAUGGGAUAGAAGACUUUAAGAACCAUCCAUUUUUUGCUGGAAUUGAUUGGGAUAACAUAAAAAACUGUGACGCACCUUACAUCCCAGAAGUCAGCAGCCCCACUGAUACCUCAAACUUUGAUGUGGAUGAUGAUUGCUUAAAAAAUUCUGAGACAAUGCCUCCACCAUCACACACUGCAUUUUCUGGCCAUCAUUUACCAUUUGUGGGUUUCACAUACACGAGUAGCUGUGUGCUUUCGGACCGCAGCUGUCUCAGACUGACAGCUGGACCACCCUCCAUGGAUCUUGAUGCGAGUAUCCAAAGAACUUUGGAGGACAGUUUAGCAACAGAAGCUUAUGAGAGGAGAAUAAGACGUCUAGAACAGGAAAAGCUUGAACUUAGUAGAAAACUGCAAGAGUCCACCCAGACAGUCCAGGCUCUGCAGUAUUCAACAGUGGAUGGCCCAAUUACAGCAAGCAAAGAUUUAGAAAUUAAAAGCUUAAAAGAAGAAAUUGAAAAGUUGAAGAAACAGGUAACAGAUUCUGAUCAGCUAGAACAGCAACUUGAAGAGGCCAGCACUGCAAGGCGGGAGUUGGAUGAUGCUUCCAGACAAAUAAAGGCUUUUGAGAAACAAGUCAGAACACUGAAGCAAGAGAGAGAAGAUCUUAAUAAGGAACUGGCAGAGUCUAGUGACAGAUUAAAAUCCCAAGCCAAAGAGUUGAAAGAUGCACACAGCCAGCGGAAAUUGGCAAUGCAGGAGUUCUCAGAGAUGAACGAGCGGCUGACAGACUUGCACUCUCAAAAACAAAAGCUUGCCCGCCAGCUCCGAGAUAAGGAGGAAGAAAUGGAAGUGGUGAUGCAAAAAGUAGAAAGUUUAAGGCAAGAGUUACGCAGAACAGAGAGACUAAAAAAAGAACUGGAAGUCCAAGCUGAAGCUGCAGCUGCUGAAGCAUCCAAAGACAGGAAAUUGCGAGAGAAGAGCGAGCAGUACUCUAAAGAGUUGGAAAGUGAAGUAGAAGGGCUAAAGCAAAAACAGGUUGGUCGCUCACCUGCUGUAAGCUAUAUAGAAUACCAGCAAGAGAUCACUAAAUUAAAGGCAGACCUGGAAAAGAAAAGUGUUUUCUAUGAAGAAGAACUAUCUAAACGUGAAAUAAUGCAUGCUAAUGAGAUAAAAAGUCUGAAGAAAGAACUACGGGAUGCAGAGAGCCAGCAGCUGGCCCUCAAGAAGGAGAUCAUGAUUUUGAAAGACAAGUUAGAGAAAACCAGAAGAGAAAGCCAAAGUGAAAGAGAGGAAUUUGAAACAGAGUUCAAACAGAAGUAUGAAAGAGAAAAGAUUCUUCUAACAGAGGAGAACAAAAAACUUUCAAAUGAACUUGAUAAACUCACCACCAUGUUUGAGAGGCUGAGUAUGAAUAACCGGCAGCUGGAAGAAGAGAUGAGAGACCUAGCUGAUAAAAAGGAGUCUGUGGCCCACUGGGAGGCCCAAAUCACUGAGAUCAUCCAGUGGGUAAGUGAUGAAAAAGAUGCUCGAGGUUAUCUUCAAGCCUUGGCCUCUAAAAUGACAGAAGAACUAGAGGCCCUGAGGAACUCCAGUUUGGGUGCAAGAGCUACAGAUAUGCCCUGGAAGAUGCGCCGCUUUGCAAAGUUAGAUAUGUCUGCAAGGUUGGAACUACAGUCAGCUCUUGAUGCUGAAAUCCGAGCCAAACAGGCUAUUCAGGAUGAGUUGAAUAAAGUCAAAGCUUCCUGUAUCUCUACAGAGUGUAAAUUGCAAGAAUCUGAGAAGAAGAACUUGGAACUGCUGACAGAUAUUGAAAGGCUGAAAAAGGAGACAGAAGAGCUUAGAUCAGAAAAGGGUGUAAAGCACCAAGACUCACAGAAUUCUUUCUUGGCAUUUUUGAAUGCGCCUACCUCUGCUCUGGAUCAAUUUGAAGAUUCCUUUUCCUCCUCUUCAUCCUCAUUGAUUGAUUUUAUGGAUGACCGCUCUCCUUCCUGUAUUCCAGCUAACAGAGGCAGAUGUAUUGAUUCAGUUGAGAAUUUUACAUUGUCUAAUACACCAUCACGGGAUGAAGAUACCAAGUCUCACCUCCAUUCAAGAUCGAGGUCUCCUUCUACAGCAAGCGAAACUGAACCCAUAGAGGUUAUGGAUCAUCCUCCUCGUUCAAUUCACACUCCAACCAUGAAGACAGCAUAUAUUGGAUCGGGACUUCCUGCACUAAAGCCUAAAGCACAUCAGUUUGUAGUGAAAUCAUUUAAUACCCCAACAAAAUGCAAUCAAUGCACAUCUCUGAUGGUUGGUUUAAUAAGACAGGGCUGCACUUGUGAAGUAUGUGGAUUCUCCUGCCACGUGACCUGUGCAGACAAGGCCCCUGCAGUAUGUCCAAUCCCUCCUGAACAGACUAAGGGCCCUUUGGGAAUAGAUCCGCAGAAAGGUAUAGGAACAGCUUAUGAAGGACAUGUCCGAGUACCAAAACCAGCUGGAGUAAAGAAAGGUUGGCAGAGAGCGCUGGCAGUGAUCUGUGAUUUUAAACUCUUCCUGUAUGAUAUAGCAGAAGGAAAAGCAUCCCAGCCCAGUGUGAUAGUGAGUCAAGUCAUAGACAUGAGGGAUGAAGAAUUCUCAGUGAGUUCUGUCCUGGCUUCAGAUGUCAUCCAUGCUAAUCGAAAAGAUAUUCCCUGUAUCUUUCGAGUCACAGCUUCCCAGCUCUCUGCAUCCAGUAAUAAGUGUUCAAUCCUGAUUCUAGCAGAUGGUGAGAAUGAAAAAAGCAAAUGGGUAGGAGUGCUCAAUGAAUUGCAUAGGAUCUUGAAGAAGAACAAACUCAAAGACCGCUCGGUCUAUGUUCCCAAAGAAGCUUAUGAUAGCACCUUACCCCUCAUCAAAACAACACAGUCAGCAGCAAUCAUAGACCAUGAAAGAAUAGCACUGGGGAACGAAGAAGGGUUAUUUGUUGUGCAUGUCACCAAGGACGAGAUUAUCCGUGUUGGUGAUAAUAAGAAGGUUCAUCAGAUUGAGCUUAUCCCAAGUGAACAGCUCAUUGCAGUAAUCUCAGGACGAAACCGUCAUGUGCGGCUUUUCCCCAUGGCAGCGCUGGAUGGAAGAGAGACUGAGUUUUAUAAAUUGGCAGAAACAAAAGGCUGCCAGUCAAUAGUUUCUGGACACGUACGCCAUGGAGCCUUUACAUGCUUGUGUGUAGCUAUGAAAAGGCAGGUCCUCUGUUAUGAACUAAAUCAGAGUAAGACACGCCACAAAAAGAUCAAGGAGAUCCAAGUUCAGGGGAAUGUCCAGUGGAUGUCAGUCUUCAGUGACCGUCUUUGUGUAGGCUACCAGUCAGGUUUCUUAAAAUAUCCCCUUCAUGGAGAAGGCAGCCCAUACAGUCUGCUCCAUCCAGAUGACCACACACUAUCAUUUAUCUCACAGCAGCCAACUGAUGCCAUCUGUGCAGUCGAAAUCUCAAAUAAAGAAUACCUGCUGUGUUUUAGCAGCGUAGGGGUUUAUGUUGAUUGCCAGGGCCGAAGGUCUAGACAACAAGAAUUGAUGUGGCCUGCGACUCCAUCAUCUUGCUGUUACAAUGCACCAUACCUCUCUGUGUAUAGUGAAAAUGCAAUUGAUAUCUUUGACGUGAAUUCCAUGGAGUGGAUUCAGACUAUUCCUCUCAAAAAGGUACGACCCUUGAAUACAGAAGGAUCGCUCAACCUUUUAGGAUUGGAAACAAUUAGGUUAAUAUAUUUCAAAAACAAAAUGGCAGAGGGCGAUGAGCUGGUAGUUCCUGAGACAUCAGAUAACAGCCGGAAGCAAAUGGUUCGAAAUAUCAACAACAAGCGCCGCUAUUCAUUCAGAGUACCAGAGGAGGAGAGGAUGCAGCAAAGAAGGGAGAUGCUACGUGACCCAGAAAUGAGAAAUAAAUUAAUUUCUAAUCCAACUAAUUUUAACCACAUAGCACAUAUGGGUCCAGGUGAUGGUAUACAAAUUCUCAAAGACCUUCCAAUGCAGCACUCCCCUUGUCAGUUCCCUCAUCAUCAGUCCCGUACGAUGUCCUCUCUGAGCAGCUUUGAGCACCUCUGCCACGUGACUGUUAAUUCAGCUGAAAAAUUCCUCUCCUACGAUUCCAUAAGCACUGCGUUUCCCCCACCUCCUCACUCUGUCCUGGGUACUCCAAGUGUGUCUGCAUUGCAGAAUCUUCGGCCUCAGGAAAGUCGGACUGUGUUCAGUGGCUCCGUCAGCAUCCCAUCGAUCACCAAGUCCCGCACAGAACCAGGACGAUCAAUGAGCGCAAGCAGCGGGUUAGCAGCAAGAUCAUCUGCACAGAAUGGCAGCGCGUUGCGGAGGGAAUUCUCAGGAGGUAGCUAUGGAGCAAAGCGACAGCCGAUGGCAUCGCCCUCAGACGGCUCCUUGUCCUCUGGUGGCCUGGACCAGGGCAGUGACGCACCGACAAGGGACUAUGAGCGAGAGGACUCUGACUCUCCAAGACACUCUACUGCGUCGAACAGCUCCAACCUCAGCAGCCCUCCCAGUCCAGUUUCUCCUCACAAGACCAAGAGCCUCUCCCUGGAGAGCUCUGACCAUGUGAGUUGGGACUCAUGAACUGCUUCAGCUUUCAGAUUCGACACCACAGCAGCUUGCUGUCCCCUUCACCUCUUCCAGUUCCCACCUUCAUCAUCUUAACCCUCCCCGUUGCCCAUCUCAGUGAUCUGGGAGUGGGCUAGAGAGGCUGGUCGUCUUCAGCACUGUUCAGCACUGCCUCACCCUCUCUUCCCCAGAUUUGACAGCAGCAAUUGAGCAAAGCUAGGGUGUUGGUAAAUACCAGAUGCUGUUAGAUUUGUAUUAGUCUUGGUUUCAUUUUUGUGGUUACAGCUGCUUUAAAGACAUAUUUAUCCCACCCCCCAAUUCCCUCAAAAGUAGCUUAAAUAGACCAGACCAGUGUCAACAGGAGAAAAUUUAGAGGGAUUUUUUUUUUUUUAUGCAAUAGCUUGUUGUACUGUACAAAAGUAGCACAGAGACCCCUUCCCCUGCAUGGGGAACGAUCAGUAUGUCAGAGGCACAUAAAAGCUUUCAGCCACCACAUUUGAAUGUCAAUCUGAUUGUUGCCAGCAAAUCCUUAUUGAUUAAGAUGAUGCAUAUUUUACUACCGUACAGAGUUUAAAUAAAUACACAGAUGUUAGAGUAAAAUAUGUAUGUAUAUAUUUAAAAAAAGAAAAAAAAAAUCAAAAAAAAAAUUGUGUAUGCAGCAGAAGAUGGAUGCUUAUUUAAGAGAGCCUUUAAUUUAAGAUUUGUGUUGUCCCUGUUUUCAUGCUUGGUGAUAUACAGACUUGCAGGCCUGGCCUAAAACCUUUUGCAGGACAGACAGUCAUUUACUCAUGUUGCACACCAUUUGCUGCACUGCCAGGAGUCCCCGCAGUACUUUCACAUUUCUUUACUUCUGGCAGUGGUUUAGCUGAGGCUGUAAUUCCCGCUUUCAUGUUACUCCUCCUCCUUUGCAAAAAUGACAAUGAUUGGAAAGCAACCCCUGCCCUGAGAACCAAGGGCCCCGGUCAGCCAGGCGGCUGCCCUGGGUUAUUCUGUGCUAGCUGUGCAGCUGAGAUACCUUACGGCAUGCUAUGGUAGAGGUCCUUACAGCAGCAAGGGAGCUCAGUGCCGCAGCAUUCAGCAGGAAAACUGCUUCCCUGGGUCAGCCUUUGGCCAGGUUUAAGGAAGGGAGCAGCCUUCCACAUCCCUUUCAUCAUCCCCGAACAGCAAACUGUUACCGUUGUUACCAAAUACUAGUUUGUAAUACACCAACCAAACGAGUGCUCUUAUCCUGAAGCCAGCCGUCACUGGCUGUGCUGUCACUGUAGCAAUGAAGAACCUUGAAGACUGACCUCAUACUGUUCACACUGUGGUCAUCGAAGAUGCCUAGCCACCCACAACUGCCGUGCUGGCAAGGUUGGUUUUCCUCUCCCAUGCUGUGGGUUUGUGCAAUUUGCAGUUGUUUCUGUGUGCUCACCUGCUGUUUGGUUCCAGUAGCAGUUCAGGAGGCCAGAAAGUAUUGCAGUGAAUGACAGAGCCUGCUGCGGCUGCAGAAAUAAGUAAAAAGCUGGAGCUGGUCAUGCAGUCAACAGAAUAACGUGAGAGGCCGAUGUACAGAUGUGUGGUAAGAGCAGAUGUCUCAUCUCUUCAUUUAGCAAGGCAGAUGUGUUUUUUAUUUGGGAGUGUUCAAACAAGCCUCUUUUCUCAGUAGUAUUGUUGCUGGUGUUUAUACUAUUACCAUAGCCAAACAUGUGAGGGUUUUCUGCAUUUAGAAUACUGUUUCUUGGUGGGUUUCAGAAACUUGCUAUGGCUCUUAAACCAUUACAUAUUCUUGCGGUCAGCAGUGAUAGAGUGUUUCACCCACAUAGAGAUGUUUGGAGUUUUCCAGUUUGUGUCUUCUGUAAUGGAAGUUAUAGGUAAGUUCAAACCGUGUACAGUAAUUUCCAGGUAUGAUCCCAAUGUGAAACAGGGAAUGAGACACAGAUCGUUGCCUGUACCAUUUUAUCAUGCUGGGUCUCCUAAGUAAGAUUUCUCUUUCACUCUGAAUCAAAAGGCUUGUCAAAGUUUGAGCUCAUUAAAUACUAUUUUGGGACAGGAAUUCAGUAUUAUUUUUGAAACCAUCAUAUCAAAAACCUGUCUCUUUCCCCGAUUUGGGUUUUUCAGAGUAGCAAGACAGUAGCGUGUGGUUUUUCUUUUUUUGUUUUGUUUUCACUUCAAAGCUACUAUUUUUGCAAGCCUGGCAUUUAAUAUUAAAAGCUUUAGCAAACAGUUAAGCACUUGAAAUUAAUUCCUUCCAGAAGAGGUUUUAAUCGUUCUGAGGAACAGAUAGGCAGGGCAUUAUUGGCAUUACUGAACUCCACAUCGGCUUCUUUUUAAAGGCUGCAUAUUGCUUCAAGUAUAGCCACUCCUUUUUUCCCCCAAUUUCGUCCUGUUGGUGAAGCAUGGCCACACACUCUUCAAAGACUUUGCAGACUAGUUUUGUAUUUACUGUAUGUUGUAUUUAAAUAUUAAUGUUAUUUUGCUAUUCAGAGAAGGCAUUUAAACGGCGGUCAUUUAAGACAGAGCAGCCUGUGUGACAGGUCCCCAGGAGAGGGUCACAGCAUCUUUUUUUAAUGCAUUUAUUUUUUUUAGUUGAGCUGAUGUUGGUACAUGAAAAUGGAACCCAAAGAGCCACUACACAGAACACAAUGAGAAUAACUAAACGUGCAUGUUUACUAUGUUACAGCACCUGAAAGGUAUUGCUAGCCCAAACUGACAUUUUCAGGCAGAGCAGAGGUCAGCUGUGUUAGAACACUAAGAUCCACAGGACAAGAGCUCCACAGGCCUAUGCUGUUUGCACACCACAAUUUUUAAGCUUUGGCAGUCUCCUUUAGGAUCACUAUAUUUAAUCAUUUGUUUGGUACUGUGUAUUUUUAUAUGCAUCUGUUAAAAAGAGAAACAGAAACUGUUCUCUCAGUUGAAAUACAAAUGACCACAUCACUUACCUGAAAGGAGAAAGGGUGUCCUAGGACUUGAAUAGUUUUUAUAUAUUUAGGGGCCAUUUGGUUAUACACAAUUUUAAACCACACUCAUCUUUUUUUGUUGUUAUGAACACUGAAAACAAACGCAUACUGUAGCUGAGCUUUUUGAAUACUUAUUGGCUAGGAGAAGUAACUUGGUCAUUUGAACUGUUAAAGACUUUUGCCUGGUAUCUUAAAGACAGUUGUCUCUUAAGGCUUGAUGUCUCUUAAGGCUACUUUGCACUGUAGCAUUGUUUCAACUCCACAAGUAGAGGGCUGCAAUUUGUCCAGGGAGCUUAAAAAUCUCCACCCCCCCCCUUUUUUUUUUUAAACUGUAGCAUAUGUUCUGUGUACACAAUAUGUAUCUAGCUGUUUAUUUCUUUUUGGCUGAGACUGAAGGUAGCUUGCAUUUAUGACACUACUUAAACAUAUGGGUUGUUGGUUUUUUGUUGUUGUUGUUUUUUCCUCUUUUAUUUUGGUGGCAACAGAAGAUCUGAAGAGUCAGGCAGCUACUAAGGACUCCAGGUUACAGAAUGAAAAAGGUUUGGUCAGUAGCUUUCCCCUGCACGUGCAUGGCCAGAGGCGUGUGGCUUUCCACAUUUCAUGAACCCCAAAACAGGGUUAUAGUGCUUUCUUCUAUGUUGUACCUGACCUGCAGAAAACAGCCGAUGGUGUCAAAAAACAUUCCUGUUUCUGAUGAAGUAGCUUCUUUUCCUCUUGGUUAGUUGCUGCAGCUUGUUAUGAUGUGCAUUUUUGUCCAUUUUAACAAGUUUCAAAACUAAGUCAAAAAUUUUGUCUUUAACUCUUAUAAAAUUAACGGCCAAGCAUGUUUUCCUCAUAUAUGCAGCAGAGGGGAGUAAAGGGGUUUCUCAUACCAAAAAACAAAGUCCACAAAGCAUUCCUAUAGAAAUAGAGGUUAACCACACCAACUGGCUCACAGAAUAUUAGCCUUCCAAAACACUUUAACAGGAAAAGAUACUAGCCUCAGCCAGACCCUAAAUGACAGGACAAACAUACUCUGGGGUAGUAGUUUCUUGUUCAAUUUUGUGUAUGCUGUUUGGCUUAAAUGAAUACAUGAAGGGCAAAGCCUGCUGCGGUGCAAUGACCCUGUACCUCCUUAGCCUGAGAACCAGCGGCACAUUCAGCUUCUGUGGUGUUUUUUUUCUUUGUUUCCACAUAGGCGUCAGUUCCUUGGAGGAAAUGAGACAUUUUUUCUGUACUAACACAAACUGCACCCAUCUGCAUGUUCUGUGUUCAUGCUGUAUUUGAUCAAUGCCCUCAGAAACACAUCUGCUACAGACUUUCCAUUCUAAAUUCAAACUCUACCUUGUCUUUCUUAAACGCAGAGGAAAAAAUAGGUUAUACUAAGCUAUGGCUGGAGAGUCUCGUCCACAAGGAAGAAAUCCACAAGCAAAUCAGUGUUGGUAUUUCAGAGCAAUUAUAUCUGCCUUUUUAUGUAUGACAGUUUCAUUUAUUUAAAAAAAAAUGUUUAGUUUUUUUUUUUCAUUGUAAUAUCAUUGUACAGUUUUGCAUGGCCUAGAUGUAAUCACUUUUGUGUUUUAGAGUAUAAAAGCUGACAAGUGUGCGUGCAGGGGAAAGAUUCUGCUUUUUUUUUUUUUUUUGCCUCUUCUCACUAUUUUGUUUAAUGCCCUCAGUGUUGUAGGGGACAUUGUAAGAGAUUCUUUGCUACAGAACAAUGAUGUAGAUUCUUUUGCACAGAAAUAUUUAAGGUGGAGAAGUCAACAAUGUAAAAAUGACUUACCACCACUAUUUUAUGUCGGUAACACACUUAAUAUUAACCUACUUUGAUGUACCGCAAUAAAACAGGGAACUGUUAGAAAUGCA